CCCAAUGGAUUCGUUGCACAUUCCCUCUCCCCUCCCCCUUCCCCCUCUCUCUCUCCACCUCCGCAGCUACAACAAGACAAGCCACAUCUACAUGUACUCCCUCACGCGCCACCACCACUACUAAACCAGAGAGAGAGGGAGGGAGGGGGCAGACAGGAAGACAGAAUUGGCCUGCCAAGAAAACAAAAGAGAGAUCAAACCAAGAAGAGAAUUGGCAAGAAACAGAGAGAGAGAGAGAGUCGUCAAGAGGCAGCGAGAGAGAGAGAGAGAGCAGGGGAUCUAGAGGGAGAUGGGGAUGCGGGUGCCUGGUUGGGUUGGGGGCCUGGUGGAGGAGAGCUUCUUCGUGGGGUGCGAGGCGCACGAGAGCCGCAGGAAGAACGAGAAGAACAUCUUCUGCCUCGCCUGCUGCACCAGCAUCUGCCCGCACUGCGCCUCCGCCCACCGCCACCACCCCCUCCUCCAGGUGCGGCGAUACGUGUACAAUGACGUCGUCCGCCUUGGUGACCUCGAGAAGCUCAUCGACUGCUCCUAUGUCCAGCCCUACACGAUCAACAGCGCCAAGGUGAUCUUCCUGAAGCCGAGGCCUCAGUCCAGGCCAUUCAAGGGCUCCGGCAACGUCUGCCUCACAUGUGACAGGAUCCUCCAGGAGCCCUUCCACUUCUGCUGCCUCUCCUGCAAGGUGGACCAUGUGGUGGAUCAGGGAGGGGACCUGUCCAACAUCCUGCUGUAUCGCGCCGGCGACGAGCUCCCCUUCCCGCGCUUCGAGAACCUCCACGUCGGCGACGCCGACUCGGGGCAGAUCACGCCCAACUCCAUCCUCGAGGACCCGCUGCACCACCACCGCAACGGGUACGGCGGCGGUGGCGGCGGCGGCGGCGGGUCCAGCGACAAUGCCGGCAAUGGCGAGCCGGCGGUGGUGAAGAGGAAGAAAGGAGGCGGCUUCUUCCCCAAGAUGGUGCUGUCACUGGGCAACAGGAGGAAGGGUGCACCCCACCGAUCCCCGCUAGCCUGACAAGUCCCUCGUUUGCACGCCCCACCCCACCCCCCCUAUAUAUGUGUCAUCAUGCUGUUAAUUAGUCCCGGUCGUAGCUGGAGCGUUAUAUUAGUAGUGGCGUGUGUGUGUGCUACAGUCCUAUGGUUAGCCGUGUAGUGUGUGUGUGUGGUUGGUUUGGGAGGGGCCUGGCCUGAUGUUGAUUCUCAUUCAACCAGGGCCAGGGCCACUUCCGGUAGCCGUACGUACGUACGUAGGUAGGCCAAAGUGUUUUGGUGAGAAAAGAGAAGAGAGUAGAGAAAAGAGAGAAGAACGGGGAAAGCGGUUCCCCCUGUUACAUGGCCUAGGUAGGCACGGGUCCUUGAGCGGGGCCCACGAUGCAUGCACGAGGGCAGGCAUGCAGGCUCCCCACGAGGGUGGCUACCAAUUUUGUAUUAUGAUGUAACAGGGGCGUCCACCCCCCUCCCCUGACCCAUAUAUACACCCCCCAUAUAUAUGUGUGACAUGUUUGUUUUUGUA